CGCAGUCUCCACGCAGUCGUCAUGUGUCCUGGCCUGGUGGUUUGUGGAGACAGAGAGGAACCUAAAUUUAACUCAACUAAUCACCACGACACAACACCAACCCCACCGUCUCCUUCUGGUUCGUUUACGCGGUUGUGUUCACGGGGUCACGAAUUCCGCGGGAUCUCUGGACUCGACCCGGCUUUCUUCCGCGUCAAAAUAUAAACAAAAAGAAACAUGAAUGGACUUUAUUUUGAAGUGAAACCCACAAGGAAUAUCUCCCGUGGGGUUCAUUUAUCUUCUGAGUACAAUCCAUCCAUUUCUUCUGAGACGACUUGUGACGAUAUGAUGGAGGAGGCAGUGGAGGAAGCGCAGUACAAACUGACAUUAAUCGGCUCUCUCCCGGUCCAUCGUAUGACCACCAUGGCGAUGCUACCCUGGGUGGUGGCCAACAUUAGCAGGUCACAGGAGCCCGGUCCAACUGUGUCGCUACGCGUGUCGCCGUCGUGGGUGCGAUGUGUUUGUGUGCGGACCGAAGGGCUGCUCUGGGACCCCCUGACGCACACUGUGCUGUUUGAGUGCCCACCCCACCAGUUGACCAAGCUCAUUCACAAUAGCCAGGAGCCCAGCAGUUUUGGAUGCCUGCUCAGAGAUGCUCCAUCCUGUGCCUGUUACGUGUUCAAGUGUCAGGACAGCAACAAGGUCCCUGAAAUCAUCAGUACACUACGGCAAGCUGGCAAAAGCUCUGCACGCAAUGAUGAUGCUUUUACCAUUCCCAACAAGACCUUGGCAGAUCCUGGAGACCCCAAGCCAUUGGAAACACACAUCACCUUUUCUUCUCUUCCCGCAGCAGGUUCUGUGGCGAACAACCCUGCCCUGUCCCCGACAACCUUUGCCAAAAAGUUUGAGGUGCUCUUUUGCGGCCGUGUGACUGUUGCUCACAAGAAGGCCCCCCCUGCUCUAAUUGACGAAUGCAUUGAGAAGUUCAGCCAGCUAGCUCAGGGCUCAGGGACCACUAAAAAAGGGGUAAAUGCCGGGGGAUUAGUCGGUGGACUGAAGAGGGCAUUAGCUUUCCAGUCUAACGGACUGGGGAGUCCUACUUUAGGUAAAGGUGCUACCGGGAGCCCCACCAACGGAAAACGGCCAUUGCUUUUCAAACGGGACCCCAGCUUCCCAUCUCUGCAGGCCCUGGAUGAGAAUGGACUCUCACCAGAGAUCUCUCAUGCCAAAACUACAGAUGCACUCACUUACUCACCUGGGGUGCAGCCCACCAGCCUGCAGGAGAACAGGACCAUGCUGUUUACGGUGGGCAGAUCACAGAUCUUUUUGGUUAGUCCAGACACUAAGAAGGUUGCCAUCGAAAAGAGUUUCCGUGAAAUCUCUUUCUGCUCACAAGGUAUUCGCCAUGUGGACCACUUUGGCUUUAUUUGCAGGGAGACUGUGGAAAGAGGAAGCUGCCACUUUGUUUGCUAUAUAUUUCAGUGUACGGAUGAAUCUCUGGUGGAUGAGAUCAUGCUGACCUUGAAGCAGGCGUUCUCCGUAGCAGCUGUGCAACAGAAUGCAAAAUGCCAGAACCAGCAGUGUGACAGUUGCCCCAUGCUGCAGCUCCACAAGCUGUGUGAGAGAAUAGAAGGUCUCAAUGCGUCUAAAACCAAACUAGAGCUUCAGAGACACCUGGCUAAUCUGGACAGCCAGGAUCAAGCUGCAGUUUUUGAGAGUACUAUGAGGUCUCGUCCUAAAAGCGAACAGGAAGAAAAUGAGCUUACAAUGGCAUCUUUGAGGAACUUGUAUGAGGAGAGACAGAGGAUUCAUCAUCACACUCUGCCAAAUGACUCCAAGCAGAAUGAUGAGGCAGCGGCCGCUCCAGUUGAGGUGCAGCAACAAACUAGCAGUCGACAGCGUCUUGAACAGUUUAAGAGUCGAGCGAAACGCUCGCUAACAGAGUCCUUAGAGGGUAUAUGGAAGGGAAGCAGCAAGGCUGUUGCUCUGAGGGGCAACAGUGAAAGGAGCCAUAGUGUAUCCUCCAUUUCUACUGUCAAUAGCCAGGACCAGUCCUGCCUGGAUGACUCCCGAUCUAAGUCAUCCCAAUUGCACCCCACCAGCUCCCUCAAGUGCCACAACUCAACAGGAGACCUGAAGCACCUUGACCCCUUUGCUUCCCCAUCUUCCUCCCCCUCCUCCUCUUUACCAGGUGAUGGCCAGCCAUUAGGCUUCCGGAAACGAGCCAGCACCUUCAGCCACCCACCUACACCCUCCUCAGCAGAUGAUUCACCGGCACGCACUUUAACACAUACGCCACAGCAGGAGCCUGCAGCUGCUUCAAAACCCAAGCUCUUACGACACUACUCUGUCAGCACUGACACGCCACACCGAAACAAACGUAUUCCAUCCAACACCGCCCUUCCUCCCGUUCCUUACUGCUCUUCAUCCUCCUCUGCUCUGCUCCUUCCUUCCUCCCCUUCAACUGGAGCAAGGCUCAGUAAAAGACGUCCUCUGGGUGGACUACGUGCUCGACUCCACGCCUCAUCCUCUGUUCCUAAUUUUUUGAAAUUUCAAUUUCUGGCUCCUGUCGAAGAAAAUGACAGCACAGAAACAAAGAGCAGAGAUGGAGCAGCCCUCUAUUUAUCAAGUACAGAAUAUGAAGUUGGGGAAAGCCCUCUGCGUAGUCACCGACACUCCUGGAGGCAGCAGAUCUUCCUGCGAGUUGCAACCCCUCAGAAAAACACAGAAGUCAAUGAGCGCGGAGACAAUCUCGAUGGGGGUUGGGCAUGUGGAGGCCAAGUUGUCGGUGCAGGAAAUGUGGACUUGCCCAUGAGGGCUCUCCCCGUAGAGCGAACCAGAAGGAGCAAAGAGGAGUUGAGGGAACUAUGGAGAACAGCCAUUCUGCAGCAAAUCCUCCUGCAAAGGAUGGAACGAGAGAACCAGAAAUUGCAGGCUUCUGAGAGUGAUUUGCAGAACAAGCGUCUCAAGCUGGACUAUGAGGAAAUCACUCCUUGUCUCAAGGAGGUCACGUUGGUCUGGGAGAAGAUGCUGGGAACUCCUGGAAGGGCAAAGGUCAAAUUUGACCAUGAAACCAUACAUUUGUCAGUUGCACAAGGGGUGCCGAGGCAGCAUCGAGGAGAGAUCUGGAAGUUCCUCUCUGAACAGUACCUGCUCAAGCAGACGGUCCCCUCCCGUCCACCGACCAAUGAUACGCCAUACAAAGAGCUGCUCAAACAGCUGACCUCACAACAGCACGCCAUCCUUAUAGAUUUGGGUCGCACUUUUCCCACUCAUCCCUAUUUCCAAGCCCAGCUGGGUGCGGGACAACUGUCUCUAUAUAAUAUCCUCAAGGCCUACUCGCUGCUGGACCCUGAGGUGGGAUACUGCCAGGGCUUGUCCUUCAUUGCUGGAGUUUUGCUGUUACACAUGGGGGAAGAGGACGCCUUCAACAUGCUCAAAUUUCUCAUGUAUGACGUCGGCCUCCGCAAACAGUACAGGCCCGAUAUGAUUAUCCUGCAGAUUCAGAUGUACCAGUUGUCACGUCUGCUCCAUGACUAUCACCGGGAUCUCUACAGCCACCUGGAGCAACAAGAGAUCGGGCCCAGUCUGUACGCCACGCCAUGGUUCCUCACCGCUUUUGCCUCACACUUCCCCCUCGGCUUUGUAGCAAGAGUCUUUGAUAUGUUGUUCCUCCAGGGGCCAGAGAUCAUCUUCAAGGUGGCCCUGAGUCUCCUGGGGAGCCACAAGCCUCUGAUCUUGCAACAUGACAGCCUGGAGUCCAUUGUGGACUUCAUCAAGACCACACUGCCCAACCUGGGCCUGGUGCAGAUGGAGAAAACCAUCAAUCAGGUUUGUGAGAUGGAUGUGUCCAAACAGCUUCAGGCGUAUGAGGUGGAGUACCACGUCUUGCAGGAUGAACUCCUGGACACGCCCCCGACCCUCAACCAACAUCAGCGCGCUGCACAGCUGGAAAGGACCAAUCAGAGCCUGCGACAGCAGAACCUUGAUCUCCUUGAGGAGCUGCAGGUCUCGUAUGCUCGGGCGUGCAGCCUCGAGAGUCGAGUGGCGGCACUGGUACAGUCAGAGAGCAAGUUAAAGGAGCAGGUUUCUUCCCUGGAGGUGGAGAAGCAACAGCUGGCAAGCACGGCCACGCGUCUCCAAAACCUGCUCGCCAGCCUGGGCAUACAAACGACUCCCGAUGGCCAUAGCCUGCCCCCGGCCGACGCGGAAUUACACGCACCCCAAAUCACAGCGGGAGCCACGGUGGGUAUGCAAGGAAGUCAUGAGGAUUGGACUGUGGACUCCCUAGUGGAGAAGGUGGUCACUGGACAAGGGGAGACCUGAUUCUCGAUGCAUUACACCCUCUGCUUUAGCUCCAGGCCUCUCAGAUUAAAAGCGGAGCAGGUCAGAGACAGGAGCAUCGUUUCGAAACCUCUUGUGUGAUAAACCAGCAUGUGAUUCAACCAGUUUGUCCCAAAGAUAGCACUGCUCCCCCCAACUCCCAAAUGGUCCUCACCUUAGCACUUGUACUGUGAGUUACAAGAAGCCAGCACACCAUGCGAGCCAUUUGUUCCCAAAGAGUGUAAAAGUGAGCACGUGUACGACUGAAGAAUUGAAUUUCACUCAUAAAGCAUUGAAGAGUCCAGAAAGACGCAAGCUAAAUGAUGUUGGCUCGUGCAUUUGAUAUUUAUGUUACAAGAAGAACAAUAGUCUGCAGUUGCGUCUUCAAGUCAGACUUUCUCUUUUUUUUUUUUUUUUUAACUUAAAAUGUCCUCGUGAGCAUGACCCUUUACUGUAUUGGUUACACUGUAUCCCUUCCACCAGACCUGCCGUCUCAAGCCAUGUAUGCGAGUGAGUUUGUGCACUGGUCGCAGCAAUCAGUUUGCGUUACACUGUAAACAUAUUUUAUCCUCUGCACCUGUUUUGUUUUGUUUUAACUGAUUAUUCUAUUAUUGCUAAUUUACACUUAAAUAUAUUCAAUAUCAUUUCAACACAAACCUGUUUCUUUGUGGUUGUGUGUAAAAUGUUCUCACGGGUGUCACACGUGCUUAAAGAUGGUGUUUGUAUCCCUCUUGUCUAAACACGUCAAGUCAGUAAACACUACGUACCUCAUAUAAUGAUUGAAUACAUGGCAAGAAAACUGCAGGACGCACAGCAUUUAAAGAGUAAACGUGCGCUGGUUUCCAGGAAUUCCUCGUGGUUGAAAGAAGAGUGGGGAGAAUGAGCGUGUCGGCACAAGUUGUCUCUUUGUUAGUGUGUGCCGCACAACUCUACCAGCAGAAGAAUACAAUAGGCAUCGGUAGAAUUUCAAGAUUUCACACUUAAUCGCAGCUUAAUUUCUAGAAAACUGGCCCCGGGGAAUUUCUGGAAAAUGUGUUUAUUUUCUCGAAUGGCCAGUAAUGGUGAAGAUAAAACAACAUGCCCAAUGUGGGUAUUUGUCAUUUCUCAUCGAGGUUGAAUGCACUUGCCCUGCAAGUUGGGAUUCUUUGCACUUUUUUGUAGUGGCCAGUUGAUUAUUUUAUUUGUUUUCAAUGGUUUUGUUGGUUCACAAUUAAAGAGCAUUGCCUGCUUUCUAUAUGUUCAGUUUCAGUCAAAGUCUAUUACGUUAAUUUCAGCAUAUAAAAAUUGCCUUUAGUGGAUUUCACACAACAAAUGUGUUAACAUUAUUUCCGCUUGGAUGCGUGAUUGAUGUUGGCCUUGAGGUGAUGAUGAGAAAGUCUUGGCAGGGAAGUGUGCAUGUGUGUGUGGGUCACCCAGGACAUUGCCCCACGGCUGCCGAAGCUCAUGUUUCCUCAUACUCGCCAGAAGUUGCGAUGUCUCACAUGCCCGAACUUCUAGUUAACAUGUUGUCCUUGCGUAACGUUCAUUGAUGCCCACGUGCCAUUUGAAUACAGAUGCUGUACAUGUAUAAACAGAGUGCUUCUUGUUUUGGACUGAUGUGAUUUGAGAGCACGAACUCACCCUUCACCAUUCUCUGGUUGUUAUGCAUGUCACGGAAGCAAGAAUCAUUUCAACUGCAAGUUUGUUAAAGAUUCAAAUGAAAACCUCGGAACUCUUUGUCAUGAGCAGCGCACUGCGCCUUUGUGAAAUGCGCUAACUCCUCAGUGACUACGGCUACACAGAAAGGCAAAACUGCGGACUUUUGUAAGAAAAUUGUCAUGGAUCAAACCCUUGUGGAUUUUGCUGUUCAGCUCCUUGUUAGAAAGCAGCCCGCAAUGCAAAAAGUACCGAAACAUUCAUUGAGUGGACUGUUGCAUUCAGAAGUUUGGAGAAGGUCAAAUUUAGUUCAUUUCUAAAUGUACUUACCGGUACUCAGUAGGAAAUCUGGGGCUGUUUUGCGAAACACAAUGCUGUUAUUUCACUGUCGGAAACGCGACAGCCGCAUACACAGGUUAAUUGUUCCAUCUGUCAUCUAGUAGAAGAGCAUUUCAUUGUUCCACCUGUGUCCCUGCAUGCAGCUGGCAUUGAUAAAUGAACAAAAGUACAUUGUUCCCAGGAAAUAAAUCACAAUUUCCUGACCCAUUAGGUGAAAGUGGAUUAUGUCCAAGUUAAUGUGAUGUGGCACAUUGCUUGGGAAUCAGUGACCUGCGCAACCAGGUUGACGUCUAUGUUAAAUGUGGGAUGCCGUAGAGAACGUGUCAUGGUAAAUCAAGCAUUGAGAAAAGUUGGCGUGAGCUCAAAGUAGGCAGCAAGGAAAUGACCAUUGAGAUCAACAUAAACAACAACAAGGCACGUUCCUUAAGCAUUGAGCAAUGUCAUCGUCAAACGACUGUCAACGUGACACAUUAACACGUGCAUGUUUUCAUUAUUGCACAGGACUCAGGAUGUGGCACUUUUUAAUUUUUUUUACAUUGUGAGAUUUUUAGCUAGGCCAAUACAUGACAAGAAUUUACUGUGCAAUCUGCAGAGAGUAGCUCCUAUUCCAUCACUUGAAGACCAUUUGCUCUCCGGAUUAUCCCAUCUUUGUGUCACGUCAGUUUUGUCUGUCAAGAUGAUAUUUAUGAAAGGCGUGCAUCAUGUUAGUGAAUAUUUCUAGAGAGAUUUAAUGUUUUGUUGUGGAUGAACUUUGUCGUGGCGUAGAACAAUGGCACUGCAUUGUACAAAGGAGCUGCUCCUGAUUUUUUUUUCCAGUGGGUUCUCAUUAAGUUUCAUGUUUAUUCAUGAGAUGCUAAAUGGAAAAUAUUAAAUGAAAGUGAAAAUAAAUUGCCCCAAAAUGAAUUCUAUUCUUAUUGGCCGACGGGGUCACCCCUCUAAUCGGUCAAUUCUUGUUUGUGACUUCUUCACAACACUUUCCCAUUUCCAACUCUUGUACCUUCCCUGUGGACUUUCAAAUGGACGGAUGGCUGCGAGUUGUCAUGGCAACGUUGUACGUGGCCAAGAGGUGGACACGCAGGCACAUUGUCGUGAUCUUGCUGAGUCACACACGGACACAUGGCCGCAGGGAGGGAUGAGGUUGCACACACAUUUGUGUGUGUGUGUGUGUUAGGGUGUUACUGUUUGUCGGGGAAGGUCAGGCGCCACAGUUUGGGUGUGACCGCCUGUGUCCUGUCAGCACAUCCAGCAUCCACAAAAUGUCUCUCUCUUUCUUCUCCACCCUUCCUCAGAGCCAGGGUGUAACCAGGACUCCACUUGUCACUUAUUCACAUCUGUAACUGGCCAGGAAGGAGGGUGGGGGGGUCUCUUUUUGUGUGUUUGUGUGUGUGCGUGCAUGCCUGUAUGUGUUUUCUUCUCCUGACCGGACUCUAUAGACUCCAAGGUUUCCCGUAUAGUGACUGAAAUUUGGAGCCUCAAACUCACUUUUGUGUGUGGGCCACAUUGUAGUUACUUUUUUCCUGCGAGUUCCAUUAUUUUUGUUUGUUAUCUUUAAUGGUCUUUUCAUCUUAUUACGGACAAUAUACAGUAAACAACAAAAUGAUGAAUCACAAACUAAAAUCAGAAUGUCCAACUUUUGUUCAAGUUACUGGAGUAGAAAAUGCUUGCACUAGCUCUCCGUUAUUUAUUACGAAUGACAAAUUUUUGGUGUGUCGAUUUUAGCAAGCAUCAUGGAAGCAGACAUGCUUGCUUUGCUUUAGUGGACCACAUAAAAUGAUGUAUCCCUGGGCCUUGAGUUUCACACCUAUGCUCAAUGUGUAUAAAUAGUACUCAUACAUUUUUUUUACUGUACUUUGGAGGAAGGGAGGUGGGGCACAGACAAAGAGAGAGAGAGAGAUUGUGAGUGACAGCAAGCUGGUUUCUUACACAAUAAAGCUGUCGGUUCGUUAUUUCUGAAGCCUGAGGAGGAAGCGCUACUCCCCACAGGGCGGGGAGGCAAUUCAAUGAGACACCACCCAGCCCAUGCGCGCGCGCACACACACACACACACACACACACACACACACACACACACACACACACACACACACACACACACACACACACACACACACACACACACACACACACACAGGCAU